AUGGCCCCACUCAAGAUCGUGCUAGACGGCAGUUCGUCCACCACACGCCAGCCGGAACGAGCUGCCCUCCACUUCAUCGUCAAGGCAACUGGGGAAAACCGAGAAAGCGUGUCCAAGGAGGUCACCGAGACAUCUAACGAGAUCAACCGGCUUUUUAAAGACCUGUGCCCCAAAACGGAGACCGGCGAGACAAUCCAAGGCUCGCCAGUGACCUCUUUCUCUUCCACCUCGCUACAAACAUGGUCUCAAGUACCGAGCGAUAUGUCGGGCAACCCUCUACCUACAGUGUACCAUGCGACUCUGUCGCUCAAUGCACUCUUCCAGGACUUUACCAAGCUUAGCGAAGUCGUUGGGGAGUUGCUUUCUUACUCCAACAUCGAGAUCCAGUCCCUCGAGUGGUGUCUCACCGAGGCGACGCAAAAGGCUCUGAGUUCCGAGUCCCGUGAGGAGGCAAUGCGCGACGCCGUCCGGAAAGCAAACGACUAUGCUAGGGUCAUUGGACGAGAAGUAGUUGCGGUGGAAAUUAGGGAGUCGGCGGACGGAUUGCAUUUUGGAAUGAACGCUGGACGGUAUAGACCAUAUGCCGACCGCCAGAUGAUGAUGCAGCCACAGGAGGCUCGGCCAACCAUAACUUCAGCGCUUGUCUUUCCCUCUGCUUCCAACAUUGACUUAGAUUCAGGCGCUCCCAUGGCACUUGAUUUGAGUCCGCAGUUGAUUCGGUAUACGAAUCAUGUGGAAGUGGUAUUCCAGGCUGCAGAUAGUUGA